AUGGCCUGUUGUCAAGCUUUUCAAAAGUGUGCUAGAUUAGCAUGUUUAAAAUUAAGGCCAACAUGCUCAACUUUAUGUUUGCCCUCCAUAACAAAACUGUUAUGUUACUUUACCAUUAUACCCCUUAUAUUUUUUUUUUACUACUCAAUUUUAGAAAAGUAUUUUGAUAAAUUAUCACUUACUACUGAACCUCCUUACCAUCAAUAUACUACAGAACCAGAUGAUUUGUUUGGAGGAGUCAAUCCUACUACUAUGUUGAGCGAGCAUACAUAUUCACAAUUAUUAGACUUAAACUCUAGAUGGAAACCUAGUCUACCCUCAAAUUUAACCGUAGUUUCUAUAAUUAAAAAUAACGACAAUGUUGAAUUACAAUUGAAUUCUAUAUUUAGUCAAACAAUUAUGCCACAAGGCAUGAUUAUAAUUGCCUCUAAAAAUACAGCUAAAAAAGUCAAACAUGUCAUUAAAGAGAAUGAUAAAUAUAGUGGCUUUGAUGUAUGGAUACAUGUUAUGGAAACAAACAAAUUUAGAAUCAUUGGUUGGUUAGAAGUUGCGCAAGCUGUAAAAACUUCACACAUUCUUUUUUUGGAUUCUGGAGUGGUACUGGGUAAAAAAUUUAUUCAAAACAUGGUUCACACUGCAAAUACAAAAGAGUAUCACAAUGCUAUUUUAGGAACCACGGGUGCUUAUAUUGAAGUGGAUGACAGAUCAAAUAAUAAACAGUCCCUAGUAUGUUUUGCUGAUCAUGAAUCAUGGCCUGAUGAUCUUGAAUCAAUCAACCUAUCUCAAAAAGUUGACAUGUUAACUAAUAUAUGGCUAUUCAAGAAACAAUGGAUUCACAUAUUGUUCCAGGAAAAUAAUAUGGAAUCUGUAAAAAUUCCUUUUGGCUUUUUUUUUUCUUUUUCGCUCAAAUAUCAUGCAAACAUUCCUUCUUACAUCCUACCAACUAACCAUCAUGAUGAAGAUUCUUGGGGUGAUAGAAAUUUAAUACAACAAAAGAAAUGCAAAGACCUUAAAUCAAAUUUUGAUACUGAUGAAUCAUGGAAUUAUUACAUUGAACGUGGCUAUCCUCUAGUUUUCAAGGAAAAAUUGUUAAUGAAUUCCCAGUUGAAUAAGAUUCUAUUCGUGGUUGAUAGUUAUGAUCAGGGGAAAACAUUUAGGCCAUUAUUUUGUAAAUUAUCCAUGAUUAAGGAUAACUUGGUCAAUGUAUUAUUUGCUGACUUUUCACAAGAAUCCUCCGAUUCAAAUACGAAAGGAUUCAUCAAGUAUUCAUCAGAUUGUAAUGUUGAAAUAUAUGAUUUAAGCAUUCAAGCAGAAUUUCAAAAUAGCUUUCCUACUCAAGAUGAGAUAAACCUAAAGAGCAGAAUGCUUUAUGGUGUUAAUCGUAUGCUACAUUAUUUCAAACCAGAAGUUGUAAUAUAUCCAAAGAUUGAAGAUAGUGAUGCAAUUCAUGGAAUAACUAUUGCUGCUGAGGGAUUUAAAAAUAUUACUACAAUACAAUUACCUUUAGAUGAAAUAGUUCAUGCUGUAGAUAUUAUGGCUGAUUUGUCCUUUGAAGCAUUAAAAAGUUGGAAUUUACCAAAGUUUCAAUUACAAAUACUUACUCAGAAUCGACCUAAUUCUUUUAAUAGACUUUUAGAAUCAUUGAAUUCAUCUAUAUACUUUGGUGAUGAAAUUCCUUUGACAAUUAAUAUGGAUAAAGGUGCGAGUCCACAUAUUGUUAAACUAGCUGAUAAAUUUAAUUGGGACCAUGGUUCAAAAAACAUCAGACGUAGAGUAGGUCAAGGUGGUUUGUUACCUGCUGUAGUCGAAGCAUAUUACCCAUACAAUGAUCAUGAUUAUGCAGUUUUGCUAGAGGAUGAUACUGAAUUAUCACCUUUUUAUUAUAUCUGGUCAAAAUAUAUUGUUUUAAAGUAUAAGUAUGGUCCUGAUAAGAUACACAGUAAAAGGAUGUAUGGUAUCAGUUUAUACAGUCCAAAACACAUGGAACUUACACUCUCUGGUCAUAAAAAAUUUUAUCCUGAACAAGUAUUCAACAACACAAAAUAUGAUGUUCGGUCACCUUAUCUUUGUCAGGCACCUAGUGAUUGGGGCGGUGUUUACUUUCCAGAGAUUUGGUAUGAAUUUCACCAUUAUCUUAUUGAUCGCUUGGAGGAUGAUAAUAAUAAUUUUAAAGUUCAACCCAUUAGUAUUCCUCAUAGUCGUUCCAAUAAUUGGAAAAAUUCAUGGAAACAGUUUUUUAUUGAACUUGUAUAUCUCCGAGGUUAUGUAAUGUUAUAUCCAAAUUUUAGUAAUUUCACCAGUUUUUCAACAAAUCUUGCUGAAUAUGAUGAUACUCACAUUCGUUUUAGAGAAGGUAAACAUGAUCCACUAUCAAUAUUUGGUGUACCACUAAUGACUGAAAAUGUCAUAUUCAAAGAACUUCCUGGUGAGGCUUUAGCGAAUUAUAACGAUCUGCCUGUAUUGGAUUUAUGGGGAAAUUUGACAACAUUUCAUAGAAUAAUAUUGCGUGGUCAUGAAUUUCAAAGUAAAAUUUCUGAUUGCCCACCAAUUGAUACUCCAGAUCCUGCCUAUGAUCCAUAUGAUUUACUUUGUGUUGAUCCAAGUGAGAAAGAUAUAGCUGGAUCAAAAUCUAGGAAGUUUCAAAGGGAUAUCAAAGCAAUGAUGAAGAUGUUCGCAGAGGAUAGAAAUAUGACCAAUGCUGUAGAGAUUAAAAUGGGACCUAGAAAAUACAUAGAUAUAUUUAUGAAUAUAAUGAAUAGCACUAGAGAGGCUAGAGAUCAAUUACAAAAACAACUACAACUACCAUUGCAUCAAGAACAAGAUCAAGACCAACCAAUGCACCAAGAUCCAAACCAAGACCAAUUAAUACAUCAGGACCAAGAACAAGAUCUACAAAUACAUCAAGAUCAACUACGUCAGGAACAAGAACAAGAUAUACGGAUUCAUUAA